AUGUCCUCUUCCACGCUAAGGCAAUUCCGGCACACCUCUACUAUUGUUGCCCUAGAGUUUGUGAGUUGCCUCGCGCAAAUCGCGGCAGAGGCGAGGAAGGCCAACAGCACAACAAACAGACAACUUGAGGCCGAAAAGAAAAAGUCCAGCCGCAAUGAGGGUCGGAUUAGCGCGCUCGAUCAGAAAUUAAAGGAUGGAGAGGAAAGAAGAGAGGCGAUAGAAACCGUGAUUAAGGAUAUUUUCAACAUGCAUGUUCCAAUUUCGGGGAUGAUGAUAGAUAAAGUCUGACUAACAUGUGUUAUUUGCCUAGUGUCUUCGUCCACCGGUACCGCGAUAUUGAUGCUAAGAUCCGCUCCGAUUGUGUCCGUGAGCUUGGUUCAUGGAUUCUGACUCUGCCUGAUCUCUUCUUCGACGGAUCCUACCUUCGGUACCUUGGCUGGGUUCUCUCGGAUACAACCCCGCAAACUCGUCUCGAAGUCGUGAAGGCGCUUACUAAGCUCUUCAAGAGAAAAGAAUCGAUAUCAAACCUUAGGCACUUUACCGAGCGCUUCCGACCGAGAAUGGUUGAGAUGGCAGCGCGAGAUGCGGAUACCAACGUUAGGGCCGCGGCAGCCGACUUGCUAGACGCUGUUAGGGAGGCGGGUUAUCUCGAGCCUUCCGAUGUCGAUACCGUUGGUAGACUCCUGUUCGAUUCCGAGCCCAAGGUUCGCCGUGCCGUCGUCGGAUUCUUCGUUGCAAACCUUAAGGACGUUCUCCAAGAGCGGUUAGGGGACCUCGGCGGGGAAGAAGCCGUUGAAGAAGCACUAGGAGACGAUACCGAAGACGAGAACUACGAAGGGCCUACCCUCGGCUGGAUCAGAUUAAAAUGUCUCGUGGAGGCGUUGGCUUCCUAUGAUUCGCAGGAUGCAGGGGACGAUCCAGAUGGCCAGUCUCAGGUUGCCGAGAGGAGUAAUGGUACUGUUACAAAACUUGGCGAUCAUAUAGAGAGUCGAUUCUCCCUUGCCGGGGGUUCGCUUUGGGAGGAGGUUGAAGAGAUUCACGAUUGGGAAAUUAUCGCAAGAUACCUACUUUACGACCACUCGGCCAACCGUCUUGACCCCGGAGCCGAGGAAGAGGAUGUGGAGAAGCGCAUCAAGAGUGCUAUCGCUUUAGAUCCUAGGGAGGAGGCUAUAUUGCUGCAUAUAUUGAACGCCAGUGUUGCCGCGAGUAUUGAUGAAGGUGGUGAGUUAGGUGCAAGAAAGAAAGGCACAACCAAGGCAUGUAUAUCACCACUCUUUCCUAACCAUACUUGCGCUAAUUCGGUCGUAGCGCACCGGCAAGGAAAUCGAGAAGCAUUACGAGGCUGUCUCUAGGAGAUUAACCAAGUAUAUACCUCCUCUUCUCAAGAAGUUCGGUCCAGAUCCGGACGCGGCCGCUUCUGUUCUGCGCCUUGAGCAAUUGAUGAAGCUCGAUGUGUUCCAGGAACUCCGUCAGUCGACUGCCUACGCGUCCUUGCUCGAGGAGAUAAAUCGGCAAUUCCUUACCCAUGCCGACGAGUCCGUCCUUAAAGAAGCAAGUGCCGCAAUUCUCCACGCCAAAACGUUUGAAGAGCUCGACGAGGUCACAGAACAAAAGCUCAGUCAACUCAAGGAUGAGACCGUCACCAUGCUUGUCAACGCCGUUCGAGGCAAAAAUCUAGGAAAAGGCAAAUUCAGCGACGCAAGUCUAACAGAGCUGAUAAACACCGUUCGCAGACUAGAAUACAUCGCGUCGAUAACAAACUGUGUCGAGAUUAUGGAGGAGCCCCCCAUUGCGUCAUCAGGGCCCCAGGACAGUCUCAAACCCGUUGAGGCACUGAUAGAACUCCUCAGGCGCGGCGGUACAUCAGAUGAACUCGAAGAAGAGCUCAUUAUCCGCACGAUGAAAACGCUAGAGUUCUACUUCAUGUGGAAGAUCAGCACCCUUGCAGACCAGGAGGACAUUGAUGCCGACCAACUCGCGACAAGAGGCGAGACAGUAAUGGAGAGAAUAAUCGCAAUAACUAAGACGCGGAAAAACAUUGAUGCUAUGAAAAUCACCUCUGGCGCCGCCCUCUUAGGUCUGGCAACACUCUUCAUCGGUGCAGGAGCCCGCAUCAGCUCUAGUAAACCCGCCCACAAUGGCGCCGUCAACGACGAACCCGAUACCCCCGAAGCCUCUGAACUAGCAACGCGAAUAUCAGCGCUCGGUAAAAAACUCGACAAGUCCGUACAAGCCGAUCUCCUUAAAAUCUUUGAAACUCUGGAAAAGUCAUUUGCAAACGCAGCCCUCAAGGCCCUCGAGCCCGGCGAGAGUGACGAACCCGUAGACGAUGACGAACAUUCCUCGUCGGAGGAUCGAAGCGAGAGCAACGUACUCCUGCACGAACAGCGCCUGUGCGACUUUACAGGGAAGCUUGUACUUGCGGCUCUGUCGCGGGCAAUCGACGAGAGGGUUUUCAAGAAGAGACUUAUCAGGAAUAAGGGCCGGCUGGGGCCGAAUUUCCGGGAAAUCGUUAAUCACCUGGACGUUGGAGAGAAGCCCAAGGUCGCGCCGGUCAUGAGAAAGCUAAGGGGGCGGAAGGAGGAGCCCAGUGAGGCGGUCGCCGACGAGGGGGGUGGUGAUGAGGAUGUGGAGGCUACUCCGAGGCCUAAAGCUGCAUCCCCCAAACCUGUUAUCGAAGACGCAGAGGAUGAGGGCGAGGACGAGGAUGAAGGAGAAGAGGGCGGGGAAGAGGGAGAACUUGGCCUAGAGGAGCCGGAAGACCAGGAGAAAGCAGCAGAAUCUUCAGAUGAGGAGUCGGAGCCAGAUCCCGAGGCUGAGGUACCCCCCGACGGAGACGGAGACGAAGAAAUGCCUGACAUCGGCGACGAAUAAUAUCAUCUCUCCCUUAUUCCCAUUCCUCCACUUAUGUCACUUCAUUUCUUCGCAUUCUUCCUCCUUCAUGUUCCAACUUCUCACCACAAUAUCUCCUUCGAUUUUGAAAAAACAAAAAGCCAUGAAAGUAAAAAAAGUAAAAACUCCUACUACUAAUCCCUUCCCCCCAUCUACCCCUAGCUUCUCUCCCCGUUUUCACUAUCAAUUCAAUUCUCACUUUUUCUCCUAUCCUAUAUGGGGUUCCCUUGCUUCCCCCCCCCUGUACCUAGUAACGUCCCAUCCACGCCUGCUUGCGAGACACGACAAAAAAUCUUCCCCCCCAAAUGCCCGGUGUUUUCUUAUUUGUACUCUUACUGUUUUUUUCUCUUCUCUCCUGCAACUUCUUUGCCUACGUGAACCGAAUGGAUGAUUGGAAGCGCAUAGUUAAUCUCCUUUACUGAAGUGGGGUGGUGGAGUACUGCUUUAGUUGAUUGAAGGUUUGUUGGGGGGUGUACAUAAGAUCGGGGUUAUUAGUGGUUGUAGUCAGGGGGAGGGGUUACUUGAUUGUUUGAUUGUUUGCUGGUAUGAUAUGCUCGGGUUUCUUUCCUUCUUUUCACUUCUUUUCCUCUUCUAUUUUAGCUAUUGGGUGUGGAGUGGCAGUUAGUAAGAAGGGCAGGAAGGAUAAUGAUAUGCAUAGUC